AUGGCGUUCGCAUUCGUACCGUGGGCGACCGGAGUGGCAUUCGCUUCUGUCGCUGUAACCAUGGCGAGUAAAGAGAUAGCAAGGGCGCAGGAGAAUAUGCUCUACGACUCGCGGAGAGCUGCAGCCGGGAUAACUCCAUAUCGGCCGUACUGUCCUACUCGGAAGCCGUCGAUCUUCUCCCCUCAAGUGUCCAAUAUGGUCCUAAUGCGUGUGUAUAACCAGUUCUUUGGUCAUGGUACGGAAGACUAUAUGUACCGACUACAGUGGUGA